CCAACAUUUUCUAAUUUUAUUUUAAGAACACGAGAAAUUUGGUAUUUUUAAGAGCUAAAACUUUUCAGUGAAUUGCAAAAUUGAUUGAUUUGAAAGUUUUUUUCCAGUUCAAAGUUCUGAUUUUAACAGUCAAACUUCUCAGAACAAAAUGUUGUAGAAUAAUCAAAUCAACCUCAACAUUUCACAUUUUUGGCAACACUGACAGAAUAAAACAAUGCAACUGGCAGCUCACGACUAUCUGUCAGUGACAGUUGCAAAAAGAAAAGAUAAUUUCCAACAUCACAAUCAUGGUCACGAAAGGAAAGGGCAUUGUUGCUGCCACGGACGGGCACGGGGUAUGCGUGUGUUUCAAAUCCGCGUGUGUUGUGCGAAUAGUGGUUUCGUCGUCGGUCGGAUUGCAAUGUGCUGCUGCUGGUUCUCACAGACAACGACAGGUACCCUCAGUUCGGCAAAGCUCGGUUUCCAGUGCAACGCGCUUGGGGGAUUCCUAUGGAACAACAGAACCAACCAGCUGCUAUUAUGAAUAACAUUCUAUCAAAUGUAUGUAAAACGGGC